CGUAGUACACUCACGCAUCUUUCAUUCCCUCCAUCUUCAACUCUCUCUCUAGAAUACAGAAAUAGCUACGAUGAGCGAGAAAGUAACUUCCUCUUCAAGCGACGAACUGCAGUUUCAGAUGGAUGAAGAUCAAGCAAAUGCAGAGAAAUCUGUAUCGUCGAUGUCACUGAUGAAGCAAAACAACUCGACUGAUGAUAUCUGGCGAAAUAUCAACAGCAAUCGUGAUUGCUUCCAGAAGCAUGCAUUAGAGAGAACUAAUGCAUUAACAUUUGCACUCGAAACUGAAGAACAAGUUGUUCCGAUCACUGAUAUUCAUGAUUCAUCUAAGCAAUUGCAGUCUGCAGCUGAUCAGGAGUCAUCGGAGAAGGAGAAGUCAGGAGUACGUGGUUCGUUCGAGAAUAAAACGAUUUUGAAACCGUCUCCUAGCGUCGGUACGAGUCUUAUUCACCUUCUGCCUGAGGCGACUAAUGCGAAAUCAAAUGGAUCUGAUAGCGGUUGUCCGUCAAUGAUGGAUGAAGCGUGGACUCGAUUGAAAAACUCGUUUGUUUAUUUUCAGAGUAAACCGGUUGGAACACUAGCAGCAGCACUCGAUCCUAGUGCAGAGGAAUUGAAUUACAAUCAGGUGUUUGUGAGAGACUUUGUACCUACAGCCUUGGCCUACUUAAUGAAAGUUCCAUCUCACGAGCCAGAGAUUGUGAAAAACUUCUUGCUAAAGACUCUUCAUCUCCAAGGAUGGAAAAAGACAAUCGACAAUUUCACUCUCGGAGAAGGUGUCAUGCCUGCCAGUUUUAAGGUCAUGUAUGAAUCUUUCCAGAAAAAGGAGGUGUUGAAGGCUGACUUCGGUGGCAGUGCAAUUGGAAGAGUUGCACCAGUUGAUUCCGGUUUCUGGUGGAUUAUACUCUUAAGGUCAUACACUAAGUGUACAAAAGAUUACACCUUGGCAGAGCAACCUGAGGUGCAAAAAGGAAUGAAGUUAAUACUCGACCUUUGCUUGUCUGAUGGUUUUGACACUUUCCCGACCCUCCUAUGCGCCGACGGAUGUAGCAUGAUUGACAGGAGGAUGGGUGUAUAUGGAUAUCCAAUUGAGAUCCAAGCUCUCUUCUUUUUUGCACUGAGGUGUGCACAACAAAUGCUUAAAGAGGACACCGAUUCAAGCAAACUGAUUGAACGGAUCGAAAGAAGGAUUACAGCUCUAAGUUACCACAUCCGAAACUACUACUGGCUGGAUUUCACCCAACUUAACAACAUCUAUCGAUACAAAACAGAGGAGUAUUCCCACACAGCUGUUAACAAGUUCAAUGUCAUACCCGAGUCCAUCCCAGAUUGGGUGUUUGAUUUCAUGCCGUUGAGAGGCGGCUACUUCAUUGGAAACGUGAGCCCAGCUCGCAUGGACUUCAGGUGGUUCUUAGUUGGCAACUGUAUUGCUAUAUUGAGUUCUUUAGCCACAAUGGCGCAAACAACGGCUAUUAUGGACUUGGUGGAGGAACGUUGGGAAGACCUGAUUGGCGAGAUGCCGUUGAAGAUUGCAUACCCCGCUUUGGAGGGCUACGAGUGGAACAUCGUCACGGGUUGUGAUCCGAAGAACACACGCUGGAGUUAUCACAAUGGCGGCUCUUGGCCAGUUCUUCUGUGGCUGCUGACAGCCGCAUGCAUCAAGGCGGGAAGGCCUCAAAUUGCGAAAAGAGCGAUAGAGCUGGUGGAGCAGCGGCUUUCAAAAGACGCGUGGCCCGAGUACUAUGACGGUAAGAAGGGACGUUACAUCGGGAAGCAAGCGAGGAAGUAUCAAACGUGGUCCAUCUCGGGGUACCUUGUAGCCAAGCUUAUGAUAGAGAACCCAUCUAACCUUGCCAUGAUCUCUCUAGAAGAGGAUAAGAAGAUCGAAAAGCCGAGGCUUACGCGGUCAGCCUCUUGGCCCUGCUCAAGGUAAGUAAGGAAUUGUUUUACCAUGAAAAACUACUUACACUUUUGUUCAUCAUUUUGGGACAACCAGCUGUUUAUGUUUACUAAACGGCUGGUAUUACUUUCUUUUGCAAUCUGUACCUACUACGUACUCUAGUUGACUAGUUCCGUACUUUCAGAUCAUGUACUCGAAACAUAUGAUAGUGAAUGAUUUCUAAAAUAAAUAAAAGCAUGAACUAUGAAAUAUGCA